AUCUUUCCAUAUAUUGCAAUGUUGCCUGUUAUCUUCAAGACAAGGGUGGGGAGGGAGCGAAUUGGCGAAAGUAAAAUUUAAGUGUUUGAUCUAGGCCUAGCUCGUGGAGACUUGUGUGUGAAAGACUGUCAAGCAACCACCCACGUAGUGGAUGUGCUGUGGGCCAUGCUGUAGCCUAGUGUGUACUGUGUACUUCUGGCAGCCAGUUCGCUGGUGGUGCGAGGUGACAUGCAGAUGGCUAAGCCUCACUCUGAAUAUAAAUAUUAAUGCUGCCAAACAAGCACUCUUCACCUUUGUGACAACUGCACGCAACAAAGGAGGCAAUGAUGAUAUCAAUGUCACUUACUUUGUUGCGGGCUUGGGCCAAUCAAAAACUGGCGAACCUAUGCACAAAUGUGUGGUGGUUCCAGAAUCCCAGCUUGAUGUGGUCAAGUCUGAACUGAAGCCAGUCACCAGUUGUCAUGUGUACAGUGUACAGAAAGUCAAGCUUAAGGAUACAACUGCCCUGUACCAAACUGACUAUGAUGUGAUUCAGGACAACUGGACUGUUUCUCCUUGUCUGAGCAGCAUCCAGUGUUCUUGGGCUACUAUGAGAGAUUCUACAACUCCCCAGUCAACAAAGAGUGCGAAAACUGUGGCUGAACAAAGCUCAAAACCAGCUAGCAAAACGUCCCCAGGCCCCAAGAUUUCUCCCACGUCCAAGCAAAGUGGGACAGCUUCAUCAGACGGGGCUCAGGGUGCUGCAAAGAAAAAAACUGAAGCGAAAGGAAGCAUCGCUUCCAUGUUUGCUUCUGCAGCUGGGAAGAAGGGCGGUAGUGAUGGACAGAAGACUGCAGCCUCAGAGAAGACGCAGACAAGUAAAGAAAAGGCGAAAGCGACAGAAAAAAAAGGAGGCAUGCUAGCAUUUUUCUCCGCUCAACAAAAAGAUAGCUCUGGGAAAACGGAGUCAAAGUCUGGAAACAGUGAUGCUAAAUCAGGCAAAACUGAGGCUAAGUCUAGCAAAACUGAGAAUGACAAAACAACAGAGAGUGCGAAGCCUGCAGAGAAAAAAGGAAAAGGAUCCACCGAGAAGCAGAAAGAGAAGCCAUCGAGAAAGUCCAAACGUAACCAAGAUUCAGAUGAUGAAAUGCCUCAGAAGAAAAGCAGAAGACGCAUCAAGACAGAUUUGUUUGAUAGCAGUGAUGAUGACAAUUCUGAUGACAAGGAAGAGACUGCAAUGUCUGACCAAGAAAACCCACAAGCAGUUGUGAAAGUUGAUGACAGUGAUGAAGAUAACAGCGCAGAGAAUGUUGCCUUAGUAGAGAGUGAAAAUGAAGAAGAAAAGGCUCCAGAACCGGAGAAGAAGAAAGAGAAGUCAAAAAUAUCUCAACCAGCUGACGGAAGUAGGAAGAGAAAACGAACAAGGAAACUUGUACCCAAGCAGUAUGUUGAUGAGGAUGGGUUUAUGGUUACAGAGAAAGUGUGGGAGAGCGACUCCACGGAUGCUUCUGAUGCUGAGGAGGACAAGAAAACAGCAGACAAAGAAAAGACUGGAGUUAGUAAGGCAGCUGAGAGCAAGCCAUCUAAAGGGGGACAGAAACAAGAGCCGAAGAGCAAAGCAGCACCAAAGAAGUCUGUCGCCUCGCCUCAGAAAGGAAAGCAGACAUCUCUCAUGUCUUUUUUCAAGAAAAAAUGAAAGUUUUGAACAUUGUUACCUCCUGUAUAUGACAAUAUUGAUAAUGUGUGUUAGAACUGAUGAUGUGAUUAUAACGUAGCACUUUUGUUUGUCAACCCUUUGUGUGGAAGGAAGAAGUGAACUGGGAACAAAAGACAAUCCAGCAGAAUUGAGCAGCCUGGCUGAUUUAUGCUUAUAGUUGCAGUUGUGUUUACAAUUUUUCCUGUUAGAGUCAGUCGCUUUGAGGUUUUAGU